UAUUAUUAUUUUUUUGCUGAUUAUACGUAUUUUAUUAAUUUUGGGUUGCUUUACUUUUUAACGUUAUGCAGUCGUGGCUUCAGGAAUAAACGUUAAUAGUGACUAUUGUCGGCCCCACCUAACCUAACUAACCUUUUACAUAGUUAUUAUUUAUCUUAUUUCCUGGAAGUCUUCAGGAUAAAAACAACUUGUGAUAUUGUAAUGCUGGUAAAAAUCUGCGGCUUUUACCAUGCAGUUCAUAAACAAUGGAGGACAGAGAGCUGUGUGUGAAGAAAUUGGUAGAGCAAGAAUAUGAGACCCAGCUUUUUGGUUUCAGUUCUCAGGCUAUGAUUGAUGCGGUGAGGACGGCGGUGUCGAACUCGGUGGAAGCGGCGUCUGCGUCGCUGGCCAGGAAGAUAUCGGAGCACAUGGACUGCCGGCCGGAGGACGCCAGGGCGGCGGCGGCCUUGCUGGUGGAGGAGUGCGAGACGGCCGUGAACGAGACGCUCCCGGCGCACGAGGGGGCGAUCGCGAAGCACUUCCGGAUCCCGAGCCACGUGCUGCUGGAGGAGGACGAGCCCCAGAGGAAGCAGGUCACGCCCGCGGAGGCCGCCGCUCUCGACGACCGCCUGGCAGACCUCACGAGGAGGGCCAAGCGGGCCGCACUGCUGGACUGCUACCUGGACGCUCAGCUUGAGGCCGUCGCGGAGACGAGGCGGCGGCUGGAGGCGUGCGAGGCGCGGCUGGGCAGCGAGCAGGCGGCGCUGGACCUCAGGCGGCAAGCGGCCGCGCUGGCGGAGAGCGCGAGGGCCUUCACAGACAAGGCCGGCGUCCUGGGGCGGGCGGAGCUGCUGCGAGCGCGCCAGGAGGAGUCCGUCGCGGUCCUGAGACGGAGGUUCCAGCAUUUAAACUAGCACGUCGGGAGCGUCCGGCAAAUUUUUUUAACGGAAAGUGCGGUAACAAUUCUCGGAGCAGACCGUGCCGGAUUCAGAUCACGUAAAUUUUUAGUGAUCCGAAUCACGGUGUCAGUUUUAAGCGCAGAAAACAUAGGACAGGUUCAAGCCGUGAACAAAACUAACAGAGAGGAUAAUAGCAACUAGAGUGAAGGCACAGUUUAAAUGGUAGUCAAUGUUCAAAUAGUAACUUUAUUUGUAUGAGGUUUUUUUUUUAAUUUCAAAUUUCAACUGUGGGAGCAUUCAAAUUUAUAGUAUACAAUUAUGAAUAUUGUAUUGUCCAUUUUUUUAACUAGGCACUGAAUAAUAAAAAUUCAAAUUAUUAUUUGAUUGGGUACGAAAUGUUGGAAUAAUUUUACGUAGUAACAUACCUUUUGAUUUUGUCUUUAUUAAUUUUUGUCUAGUACAGUAAGUCAUUUCUGCAAAAUAAAUAACCAUUUUAGAUGUUUUCCAAGAAUUGCUGUAUAAAUAUGGAGUGAGUUUGAUUUUUGACUUAACAGCUUUAAUGUAAGGAUACAUAGUAAAAUAUCUUUGCUUCUCAACUAUACCAAAAUUUAGUGGAGUGAUGGGACACACAUUUAAACUUCACGAUAGUGCCAGUGUGACUAAGCUUUAUUUGAGCAACAUUUGCACUUUUUAACCUCCUAUUUGUGAUGUAUCACAGAGUUACGUUAAACUGUGUGGAACUCGCGUACCACCGUAUUGACUACUGAGGUUUUAUCAUUAAGCAGCAUCUCAUUUUCUUGUAACCAGUUAAAACUGUGUUUCUUCAGGUGUGGAGUAAAGUGUAAAAGUACAUUCUAGUUUUUCACAUUAAUCAGCUCUUACUGAUGCACUUCUGAGAUACUCAGUGAUUGGAAUACUGCUACCUGUUUAAAUAUUAUAGUUUUUAGCUAACUUUUUUUAAAUUUCUUAACAUAAACAAUAAAAAAUGGUGAGUCCUGAGUGUUACCUGGGUUUUCAUUAAUUUUGACUUACCCAGUGACUGUUUCCCACACAAUUCAUCGUAUUCUGAAUAUGUCAAAAAAUAUACCGUAUAUAUUUGCAUCAGAGACAUGUUGGUAAAUUGUUAAUUUCUGAGCAUCCAAGUAUUUAAAAUUAGAAAUUUUUAUAAAAUGUUGUUUUGAUUUGAUUGAAUAUUUAAUUUUGUAACAAUUUUUAUCCCUAGUUUAUUAGGUACAUUUACUGUACUAAGUAACAAAUAUAUCCCAUGCUUGUUUAGAAAAAAAUUAUGGAUAAUUUUUUUAGUUCUGUGUUUGUGUGAGAGUUAUUAUGUACCUAAAGCUUAGUAUGCAGAGAAAAUUUAAAAAUGAAAACUCCUUGAAAGGGUAACAAUUAAGAUUUUAAUAUUUUCUAGGCUAUGAAAAGCUUUUAAUGUUUUAAUAAUAUGUACUAUUCAUUUUGCUUUAACCACAUUUUAAGCUGUAUUGUAAAUACCAAUGGAAUAUAUGAUUAUUAGGCCUGUGCGAAUAUUCAAAUUUUCAAAUAUCAAAACGAAUACCUAGUUUAUUAUUCGUAUUCGAUUCGAUUUCGAAUACUAACACUUCGAAAAAACGAAUAUUCAGUCAUCUACGAAAAAUGCUGAGCGGGAUCACUACAUCUGGCCACGUAAAGCCAAGCUCGUUUGAACACAGUAAUUCGGAGCGAUAACUAACGUAUUUUAUGUAGAAGAAUGUCGUCAGGUCGUUUAAAAUAGAUUUGAACUGUCAGCAUACUGAUAAAGAUAAAUACAUGUCUGUAAAAUCCAUACAACCUGGACGUUAUAGGUGACAGUUUUCAGAUUAGAGGGUGAAACAUGGUUUGUCGGCACUGUAAUUUCGUUCCGAACGUGAUGGUGAAGAGAAAGAAAAUUGUACAGACCAUGUGGAAAACAUCUGGCCGCAUACUCACAGCAAAGACUCCAAAAGCCUAACAUGCUACGUCAAUGUUUUUCAAUAGGAUAAUACACAGUAAACGACCGGAUGCAGGCGGCAAAACCCCCCCCCCCCCCCUCCACUUUAUACCCUUCCCACCCUUCCCAAAUUCCUCGCGUAGUGACAGCUCAGGCAAUUAUCCUGUCCCGAGGGUCAAAAAAAAAAAACUUUUACCAAGAACUUACUUAAAAGCUUGCGAUCACGUUACAUGGUGUACCAAGAUUGUGAAAUAAAUGUGUUUUCUAUGAUGGUAGAUCCACGGUUCAAAGAUUCACUAAUUGAGGAUGAAAAUUAAAAAAAAAAUAUGGGUUGAAAAUUUGUGCAGGGAGGUAUGUAAGCUGUGUAAGCUGAACACAGUACCUGAAACUAUAACUGAGACAAGUGAGGCUACAAGUGAAAUGCCUAUUAAGAAGUCAUCUCUGUGGGCCUAUGUGAAACCUUCAACAGCAGCUCAGUCUACGCUUGCAAGCUACGAAGAAACUAUCCAAGGAGAAGUAAACGAAUAUCUAGCAGCACCCUUAAUCCCAAAGAAUGAAAAUCCUUUCAGUUUCUGGUCAGAGAAGGGGCGCACUUGUUUCCGAAACAUAGCUGUGGUAGCAAGAAAGUACUUGCCUAUACCUGCCACACAAGUGUGCAGUGAGAGACUUUUCUCAACAGCUGGCAACAUUGUGACGUGUAGAAGAGAGAGUCUACUCCCCGAAAAUGUAGAGCAGCUUGUGUUUCUCCACAAAAAUUUAAAUUAGCUAAUAUGUAGUGAUGUGACAAGACUCUUUUUAAUACGAACUAAUUAUAAAAUUGGAGAAUCUUAAAAUUUUAAGUACUGUCAGUUUUUUGAUUCUACAUACAUUGUAUCAGUAAAUAUGUACCUGUUAUAAUAUUUUAAUGUGAUGUGAUAUAACAUGUUUUAUGGGAUUUCAAUUCUCAUUCCAACUAAAAAACUGAUAUUCGCACAGGCUUAAUGAUUAUGCAAUUUAGAUACUUGAUAGUUCAAGUUGUUUUUUAGUCUUUUACUAAACUAGUAACUUAUGUUUUAUUUUCUGUUAUACGUUAAUAAUUAUUGAGUAAAAUAUAAUCACUAAUGUAAAGUUUUUUUUGUUGUCAAAUUUUAUUUAAAGCAGUAAUGAAAUUAUAAUAUUAAAUAAAUCAAAUUUUUUUUUAAAUUCAUAUGCUGUAAAAUUGUAGACUUUGAAUUAAUAACCUCAUAUUACCUCUGACAAUGAUGAUUCAGGUAUUCCCCUGUGAAAAUUAUAAUUUGUGUGGGGUUUUAUGUAAAGAAAUUUUUAAUAGUUUUAAAUGAACAUUGUUUUAAUUAUUAAAAUUAAUUUUCCUCCAUUUAAUAAUCCUUCAAAAACUAUAAAUUUUACAUAUUUUAUUCAAACAAGUAUGUACAUUCAGUAAAAUAGGGUAAGAACAUGGUAAUCUAUAAUCACCUAGGCUUUGCAGAAUUACAGCAGUUGUUGGUAUUGCAAAAAAAUAAAUAAAUAACUCACUGCAGUAAAAAUAAACACACGAAAACACACCUAUUUCUUAGGCAGUUAAAAUUUUUAACGAUCAAAUUGCAAAAUAAGUAUUAAAACAGUCAUUAAAGUGUCAAAAAAUAUUUGUCUAGAAACCAGAAGAAAAUACUGUACAAAUAAAAACAAUUGAAAUAUUAUUGUUCCUACAAAUGAAUUCCUAACCAAAGUUAGGUAAGAAACACUGACAAAUCAGAUAUUCAAGAAAGUACUUUUCACUAAAACUGGAAAAUAAAAAACGUGUAAAAAGGAAGCAUUACAUUUUUUUAAUUUCUUAAAAAAUAAAGAGAAUCCGUGUAAAAAAAACUUGGGCUGCAAAACUGACAUUCAAAAAUUAAAACUUUCAUAGAUUUAUGUAAUAAUAUGGGUUUGAAAAUUAAAAACUUUUUUUUUAAACUACUGUUUGAGUUUUAUCUGCAUUAUCUGUUUUUUAAGAACACUGCACAUACCGUGUUUUAUCGCAUAUUCGUUGCACGCGCGUAAUCGUCGCAACCAUAUAUUAGGCUGUCAAAAUUGGGAUAAAAAAACUUCUCGCGUAAACGUCGCAUUAUGUUUUUGGUCCCGCUAGUAGAUGCCGAGCGCUUUGUGUAGGUAUCUUUUCCGUAUAAAACAAUGUAUUUUACAGUAGAAAUCUAAUAUUUAUUCGGUCAUUACCACUUACUUAAUAAAUUAACUGAAAAAUACAAAGUUGUUUGACGUGUAAAUUUUCUUACAAAGACGUUUUUAAACUGUAUUUCCUUUAUCUGAUUGUCUGUGUUACAGCGGCGUACCGCUUAUAAGAAUGUAGACAGCGCAUCAUUCAUGUUUGGUUAUGUUGCUUCCCGUAUAGAGUGCAUCAUUCAUGUUUGGUUAUGUUGCUUCCCGUAUAGAGCGCACGCACGUAGUCGAAUAUCGAUAUCUCGCCGAUUGGAUGCCUCGCGUGCUCUGUCAACUGCCGAGUUAACUACAUUUGAUAGCCCGCAUUCUUUUGUGGCAAGUGUGUACUACGACAUGUUAGUUCAAGUCAGAUUCAAGUGGCUUGCAUUCGCGUUAGAGUUUUGGUUUUUCUAUUUAAAGUUGAAGAAAGGUUUUUGCACCUUUUUUUUUUUUUUAAAUAAACGUACUUUCAAUGAACGGGUUUUGUUUUUAUGAAUAACUUUACCUAACAAUUUUUUUUUUUCGCAUAAUCGUCGCACCCCUACUUUUCAAACUUGAUUUUAGAAUAAAAUGUGCGACGAUUAUACGAGAAAACACGGUACAUUAGAAACUAUUACCAGACAGCCGUGUGCUAUGAAGAUGUGCAAAGAACCUAGUAACAUAGAAAAAAUAUCUACAUUAAUUAGUUUAAUAUUACUUAGUUAACACAAAAUAUUUUCACUUCUAUUAGGAAAUUUGAAGCACUAGGUUUAUAUUUACAAAUUUUAUAACUUGUAAUAAAUAUUAUAACUUUUUAUAACUUGUAAUAAUUUGUGUAGUAAUAAAAAAGUUUUGCUAAGAAAAACAAAAUUUGUUUUACUAUCACAACUUGGUACAUAUUGUAAAUUUUAAACAAACAUGGACAUAUAUCCUUCCUUCUAUUGGACUGGUGAGACAAAUACUGCAGAUUGUCGCACAAAAAUCAUGAAGCUGCCCUGUAUUGAUUUCUAGCAUAUUUGUCAUCACCACUUCAAUACAUGAAUGCAAGCAGUCAGGUGCUGAAAGUUAUACAAUCAAUAUGUAGUUCGGUAAGUCAAUAUUUUGAGUUUUCUACGUGGAGUUUUGUUAAUGACCAACAACUGUUUUACUUAGAAGUAUGUACUUCUACAUAUAUGAAAUCUUUAUGCUCGCUCUGUGUAUAUAUUUUUUGUUUGUGUGUUUAAAUUUGGUAAAGUUUAUAAAUACGUAAUUGUGAUUAUAAUUCAUAUUGUUACCAGUAUGUGAUCAUAACUCAAAAAGAACCUAGUUAGAA